AUGGAUGGUCAUGUAAUUGCUGAUAUUCUUAAUGCUGAUGAAAAUGAACAAAAUUUACUUCAGCAUCUAGAUUUGUCCAAAGAAAUGGUAGAAAAUGAAAGAAAUAGGAGGUCUUUAACAUUUUUGCCUUUAGUUGGUUUAGGUGCCAUUGAUGCAGCUGGUGCUGGUGUUGCUGCUUUAAAAGGUGCUUCUGCUUUAAAAAGAGCCGUACAUCAACAUCGUGUAGCAGGAGGUGAUGGUAAAGGUGUUGGAUUUGGAGGAGGACAAUGGGGGUUUGGUGGAAAAGGUGGUGGAAGUAGUAACGCUAAUGUUGCUGGUGGAGUAGGAGGGCAGGGAGGGAGGACAAGGGGGUUUGGUAGAAAAGGUGGUGGAAGUAGUAACGCUAAUGUUGCUGGUGGAGUAGAAGGGCAAGGAGGGUUUGGUGGAAAAGGUGGUGGAAGUGGUAGUGCUACUGUUGUUGAUGGAGCAGGAGGGCAAUGGGGUUUUGGUGGAAAAGGUGGUGGAAGUGGUAGUGCUAAUGUUGCUGGAGGGCAAGGAGGGUUAGGUGGAAAAGGUGGUGGAAGUGGUAGUGCUAAUGUUGUUGGUGAAUUAGGAGGGAAAGGAGAGUUUGGUGGAAAAGGUGGUGGAACUGGUAGCGCUAAGGUUGAUGGUGGAGUAGGAGGGCAAGGAGGGUUUGGUGGAAAAGGUGGUGGAAGUGGUAGCGUAAGUGGUAGUGCAAGUGGUAGCGCUAAUUUUGCUGGUGGAGUAGGAGGGCAAGGAGGGUUUGGUGGAAAAGGAGGUGGAAGUGGUAGUGCUAAUGUAGCUAGUAGAGUAGGAGGGCAAGGAGGGUUUGGUGGAAAAGGUGGUAAAAGUGGCAGUGCUAAUGUAGCUGGUGAAGUAGGAAGGCAAGGAGGGUUUGGUGGAAAAGGUGGUGGAAGUGGUAGCGCUAAUGUUGCUAGUGGAGUAAGAGGACAAGGAGGGCUUGGUGGAAAAGGUGGUGGAAGUGGUAGCGCUAAUGUUGCUGGUGGAAUAGAAGGGAAAGGAGGAUUUGGCGGAGAAAGUAGCACUAGUGUUGUUGGUGGGGCAAAAGGGCAAGGUGGAGGUGUUGGUAGUGGUGGUGUUGAUGGUGGAUCAGGGGGUAAUGGUGGUGGUGGCUUGCAUUUUGGUGGUAAAUUUCAUUUUGGUUUAAGAGGACGAUGA